AUGGUUCACUUCAUGGCCAGUCAACCAAUGAUUCCAGAUUUGGCAAACUCACUACCUACGACGUAUACAUUUCAUCCAAACAACCAAGCUGACGACCUAUCUACACAACAGCAAGCUCCACCAUCUUCUUCUCAACCCUCUACGAACAACAAUCAAUCAUCACCAAAUGGACCGAUACGCUCGUCGGGAACUCAUCCAGGAGACUAUGAAUCACGAUUACGUUGUCCUCAAUGUGAAACGUGGGUGGUGAAUCUCAGUGAUCAUUUAAGAAAAACACAUAGAAUUGCUCUGCCGAUUGAUCGAAAACCAUUAUUACGUCGAGCAAGAGAAGAAAAACGUCGAAUGGCUGAAUCGAAUAAUCAGCAACAACUAAACACAGUUGCUCCACCACCUCGAGCAACACAAACACAGAAUAUUGUCAAUGGUUUACCAACACUAAAUUCACAUCAGCCGCAUAACGAAAUUGAAAAUUUAUUAUUUAAACAAGAAAAUGAUAAUUCAAUACUGCAACAUUCAGUUCAACAUCAAUUUGCUUUACCAGAAAAUAUUUUGAAUUGCCCGCCGAUGAACGUAACGAAUAUAGCAGGCGGUCAACAACAAUAUACAACAAUAAAACGGCGACGUUCGUCUGACGACGAUGAUCACCAUACUCAAAACAAUAAUAACAGUAGCAAUAACACAAAUGGUCUCUUACUUGUCGUCACAUCAUCUUCACCAAAUAAAAAACAACGAACACAAAUUGUUGAUGGAAAAAUGCAGCAUCAACAAAAACAAGGGAAAAAAGGACGAAAUAAGAAUAUGAAUAACACCAAUAGUAAAACACAGCAACAACAUCAGCAAGACGAACCAUCUGACGAUCUGACGAAAGUGAUUCAAAUGUUGACAAAUGAAAUGACAUUUUUAAAUCAACAUUUACAAACAACGUCUCUCUUGUUACAAAAACAAUUGGAUUUAGCAAGAGAUAGUUUACAUGCUUGUUCGGUUCAGUUUGCCCAUUUCUUAUUUAAUAUGGCGUUGGCAGUGGCGUCAUCAUCGACAACAUCUCCUUCAGUGACAUCUAGUUCCAGUCUUCUAGCGUCAAAAAAAUCUGGUUCAACAACUCCUGGAAUUAAAAUUGAAUUAGCUAAAACAUAUCAGUUUGAUGUUGAUUUAGAAGAUGUGGAUCGUUUACUUGAAAUGAGACAAAAAUUUUAUAAAAGAGAAAGUGAUCGAAAAUUACUCAAAUUAGGAAUUCCGUUAAUUAGUGAAACAGAUGAUAAUAAUCUAUCUGCAGAUCAAUUAUAUGGGAGUUCAACAACAAAAACAUCGAUAAAACAUCGUGAUCUUGAAUGGUUAUAUGUUAUAUUACCUUACGUCAAACUCUACAAUCCACAUUGCGGGUUAUGUGCUUCAACAAAAAACUAUGGUCGUCGAUUAGACACUGCUCAAAGUUAUUUAUUACGUGUUUAUUUCUAUUGUCAAGCAAACAAUUGUGGUUGUCCAUUUCAAUCUAUUGUCACAGUCAAAGACAAUGGUAAAGCAUUGCUAUGUACACGUUCAUCAAAUGGACAUAUCGUUGAUCAUUCAAAAGCAAAACGUGUUAUGCGACCAAAUCGAGCUGUCGGCAGAGCUGUACAAGAGCGUAAACGAGAACAACAAAACGAAACAACUGAACACAAUAAUAUUAUUGACGAAUGGAAUCAAUCCGUGUUCAAUGAUACGAGUGAUUUUAAUAAUACUUAUCAUUUGACCACAACUACUUCCACAGUAAAUAAUAAUACCAGCUUAAUCAGUAUUGAAGGCGAUUUUGAAGAAACAAAUCGUACAUCGUCUACAAAAAGAUUUGUGAAUAUGUGUUUCGAUUUGACACAAUUAGCAGCUACAUUACGAACCGAAAUUAAUCAAAAUGGACUCUUAGUGGGUGCAAUACAAACUAUUUCUAUGUCUCCAUUUUAUUUUACUUUGCAUACAGAAUCAUCGAUACGUUAUUAUCAUUCACAAUUAACAAGGAAACAUCAACCAAAAACUCAAUUGCCUCCUGUAACACAAUUAACCAUUCCACCAUCAACUUCCAGCCAAAUAAUAAUUAUUGAUAAUGGUGCGUUUCAUACAACAACGCAACCGUCACAAUCGUGUGAACAAUCUAUUGCCUGUAUGAUAUGUGAAGUAGUUGAACAUAAUGGAAAAAAAUUACAUUAUUACGAAUUAAUGUUAACAAAUAAUGAUGAUACAUCAUUUAUACCCAUCACUUUGACAUAUGCUGAUGGUGAUGAUUCAUUCACACCAAGCAAUGAAGUUGAAUUAUCAUUUUGGUUAAAACGUUUUUUAUGGGAUCAUGAACAAUUACAUAAAUCAUCAUUACCACAAAAUAUACAAGAUUAUUAUUUUCCUCAACCAUCGGUUCUUCUAGUUAAUUCUCAUCGUGAUAAUGUGUUAAAUAAUGUGUGUUUAGAAUUUUUUAAUCAAGAAAAUUUUAAAGAAUAUUUACAACGGACGUAUGUUUGCCUAAUAAAUCGUUUACCACAAGAUAGUUUACCACGUAUAUAUGCAAAAAAAAAUAAUAAUAAAAACGAUGGAAAAAUAUUAGUACAAGAACAAUUACCAUCACAACCAAAAACAAUUUUAUUCGUUUCUUCAACAACAAUUUUGUAUGAAUUUCGUUUAUUGGUUAUGAAACAUGUCUCAUCAGAAUUAAGACAAUUGGCAUUGUGGUCGAGUCUUCUGUUAUUACAUACAAAUAAUUGGAAUGAUAUUAAAUUGAGUUGGUCAUUAAUAUGUGAAAUAUUUUUGAAUUGGGGAACAAAUUAUGUAUCAUUGAAGUCCUAUGAACUCUUAUGUAAUAAAGUAGCUAAAAUAGAAAAUGAUCCGGAUAUAAUGUCUGGCUAUAAUAAUGUUUAUGAUACUAUGGAAAAUAGUAAUGAAACUAAAAGUGAACAAUUUGAUGAAAUAGACAAUGAAAAUGAUGAAGAAGAAGAAGAAAAUAAAAACAGUACAAACGAAAUUGAUUUAUCAGAUUUUCAAAAUGAUCAUUUUUAUACAAAUAAAAUGUUUCAUAGUGGAUCAAAUAUAUUUGUAUCACCAUAUGAAACUGAUUUGAGAAAAAUUUUUAAUGAAAAAAAUAAAUCAAAACCUGCAUUACUAGCAUCAUUCGAUUCGUUAUCAAAUACAGAUAAAAUUAUACUAAAAAAAAUUAAAGGUAAUUAUAAGUGGUUACAUUCAUUACUUAAAGAAUAUAUACCAACAUUACCACUGUGGAGUAAUCUCAUACAUUCAAUAUCAAAUAAUCAUAAGACUGUACGAUUAAAUAAACGUAUACAACGAAUUAUGGCAUCGAAAGAUCGACGAUUGAAUAAUAUUAAACGAAUACAGUUAGCUGAAAAAGUACAUGGAAAAACCGAUUUGGUUGUUGAAAGACUGGCGAAAGACAUGGUGAAUAUUGUAUCGAUUGCUGAUACAAGAAACAUUUAA